AUGCCGCUAGCUGGUCAUGGAUCGUCGCCGACACAAGAUGAAACGGAUCGGUUUGUACGGCUAGUGCAAGGAUUUACGAAGGACCAUCCUGGAGAAAUAGUUGGAGUUCACUGUACCCAUGGCUUCAACCGAACGGGUUUUUUGAUUGCAGCAUACAUGGUUGUUGCAAAGGAUUGGGCCGUAGAUUGCGCUGUGUUGACUUUUGCCAAAGAACGUCCAUGCGGUAUCUAUAAGCAGGACUAUUUGGGAGACCUGUUUGAGAGAUAUGGCGACCCAGAUGAUUGUCUUGAGGCUAGCCUUUCUCAAGCUUUAAGCAAUUUUAAGCAAUAUGCUUGA